UUUCCCUCUUUCACUCCUAUGCUGCUUUCUUCAAUCUCUGCAGCUGGACGGCUCACUACUAUCUUUCCCAUUACCCAUAGGAGAAAAGGAAUUUACUCUGCCCUGCAGAGCAUCAGAGGGACCCUGCCUGAGGAACAUGACUGGUACACACGUGUGAAGCUGACAAGAUAUCUUCUCUCACUUCAGCUCAGGGUUUAUUAAUCUGGUGCUUACAAACCACACAUGGGCAAGAUGAAGGAGCAUCGGGUGUUGCCGCUAUUGGCAGUUUUGUGCCUAAUGUUCUCAGGGAUCCAUAGAAUGGAUGCACAACAGCCAGACGAUUCAGCUGAUUUGGUUUUCCUCAUUGAUGGCUCAAACAAUGUUGGACGCACGGGAUUCACCAUCAUUCGUGACUUCUUGGUGAAUUAUGUGGAAAGGCGUUUGGAGAUUGGAAGGAGCCGGAUGCAAGUGGGAGUGGUGCAGUAUAGUGAUGAUGUCAAAAUAGAAUUUACUUUGGAUGAGUUUACUUCCAAAGGAGACCUUAUUAAUGCCAUGAAGAAGCUACAGUUUUCUGGUGGAGAAGAGGCAAAUAUGGGGGCUGCUAUUGAAUAUGUGGUGGAACAGUUGUUUAGCGGAGCUGGUGGGAGCCGAAGGGAAGAAGGAGUUCCACAGUCACUGGUGGUGAUCACUGCUGGUCCAUCAAGUGAUGACUUAAGAGAAGCUGCCAAUGCUUUAAAACUUAACAGUAUCAUCACAUUUGGCAUUGGUGUGGAAAGGUCAGACAUCAACGAAUUGCAACAAAUUGCAACAGAUGACAGCUUUGUAUUUACUGCACCCCAGUUCCGUGGUCUAAGUCAACUGGAGAAUCAAAUUGUUCCAUACAUUGCUGGGGUGGCUCAAAGGACGAUAGUCUUACAGCCCCCAACUAUUGUAACAGAAGUUACGGAAGUCAACAAGAGGGAUAUUGUGUUCCUGAUAGAUGGUUCCAGUGAUUUGGGAGGGCCAAACUUUUCCGCAAUCCGUGAAUUCAUUGUAAAGAUAGUUAACAGGCUGGAAAUUGGUCUUGAUCUUAUUAGAGUGGGAGUGGCCCAGUACGCCAGAGAUGUGAAGCCUGAAUUCCAACUCAACACUUUUGGUGCUAAGAAAGAUAUGAUUGCACAUCUGAAAAAAAUGAGGAUUAUCAAUACCUCCCCACUAAAUACCGGUGCUGCAUUGAGCAAUAUCCAGAGAAAUUUCUUUACUGCAUCUGCAGGAAGUCGUGUAGAUGAAGGAAUCCCACAGCUCCUGGUUGUCAUAACUGGUGGGAAAUCAAGUGAUGACAUUAACCAAGCAGCACAGAAUCUUAAAAGAGCAGGAAUACUGACUUUCUCGAUAGGGUCUAAGAAUGCAGUGGAGAGUGAGCUCCAAGAAAUUGCCUUUGAUGAUAGUUUGAUAUUUAAGCCUCCAGAAUUUAAGCAAGUUCCUCUACAAGCCUUAAUACCCCAGGUGCUUUCCCCUUUAAGAACACUCACAGGAGUUGUAGUUGAAGCACCAACUGAAGUACUUAACCAAAGAGACAUCGUCUUCCUAUUGGAUGGGUCAGUCAACGUUGGAAGUUCCAACUUUCCAUUAGUAAGAGACUUUCUUAUCAAUGUUAUUAACAACCUUGGUAUCAGCAGUGAAGGCACUCGAGUUGGCCUGGCCCAGUUUAGUGACACCCCAAGAACUGAGUUUAAUUUAAACACGCUGACCUCAAAGUCUGACCUUAUUGAUCGUGUGGGUCAGCUAAGAAUCAAGGGGGGUAAUGUCCUGAACAUUGGUUCUGCCCUUCAAUUUGUUAUCCGCAACCAUUUCACCAGAGGUGCAGGCAGCAGGAUAGAGGAAAAAAUACCACAGCUUCUCGUGGUUCUGGCAGCUGGAAAGUCCUCAGACAACGUUCAAGCUGCUGCUAAUGACCUCACCAGAUCGGGGGUUCUAACCUUUUGUAUCGGGCUUGGAAAUGCUGAUAAGGAGGAGUUGGAUUUGAUUGCUUUUAAUCCAAGCCUGGUUUACGAGUUGGAUGAUUUCAGUUCCUUGCCUGGCUUCAGCCAGCAGCUACUAACACCUAUUACCACCUAUGUAAGAGGAGAAGUUACAGAAGUGACAGUGACCACAGAAGUUGAAGAUAACAAGAAGGAUAUAGUGUUCUUGAUUGAUGGUUCAGAUGCUGCCAUAUCUGGUUUUUCUUCGCUCAAGAGAUUUAUUCAGAGGGUGGUAGAAAGCCUUAACGUGGGUCAAGACAAAGUACGCGUUGCAGUUGUCCAGUACAGCGAUUCUGCUAGGCCUGUCUUUCUUCUCAACCAAUACUCAGAUAAGCAAGAUGCCAUAACAGCUAUUCAAAGUAUGACAGCUAUGAGGGGCUCCCAACUAAACACAGGAGCAGCCCUAGAUUAUGUGACCAGAAGUGUUUUUACCCAGUCAGCUGGAAGUCGAAGAGAAGGAGGAGUGCCACAAUUUCUAGUCUUGCUGACAACUGGAAGGUCUAGAGAUGAUGUAAGAAGGCCUGCCACUUCCCUCAAGGCCACUGGUGUUGUACCAUAUGCCAUUGGUGCUGGCCCAGCUGAUCAAAGUGAACUUCAGGCUAUCGCUUUUACUCCAGACUUUUCUUUUUAUUUUCCUGGUGUAUCUCAGCUGGAGAAUGCUUACCAAUCAUUUUCCCAACGUAUCAGCUCAAUUACCACCAGUGAUAUAAGCACUAUAUCAAGGACAGUGACAACUGAAGUUGAAGAUAACAAGAAGGAUAUAGUGUUCUUGAUUGAUGGUUCAGAUGCUGCCAUAUCUGGUUUUUCUUCGCUCAAGAGAUUUAUUCAGAGGGUGGUAGAAAGCCUUAACGUGGGUCAAGACAAAGUACGCGUUGCAGUUGUCCAGUACAGCGAUUCUGCUAGGCCUGUCUUUCUUCUCAACCAAUACUCAGAUAAGCAAGAUGCCAUAACAGCUAUUCAAAGUAUGACAGCUAUGAGGGGCUCCCAACUAAACACAGGAGCAGCCCUAGAUUAUGUGACAAGAAGUGUUUUUACCCAGUCAGCUGGAAGUCGAAGAGAAGGAGGAGUGCCACAAUUUCUAGUCUUGCUGACAACUGGAAGGUCUAGAGAUGAUGUAAGAAGGCCUGCCACUUCCCUCAAGGCCACUGGUGUUAUACCAUAUGCCAUUGGUGCUGGCCCAGCUGAUCAAAGUGAACUUCAGGCUAUCGCUUUUACUCCAGACUUUUCUUUUUAUUUUCCUGGUGUAUCUCAGCUGGAGAAUGCUUACCAAUCAUUUUCCCAACGUAUCAGCUCAAUUACCACCAGUGAUAUAAGCACUAUAUCAAGGACAGUGACAACUGAAACAGAAAGCAAAAGAGACAUCUUAUUCCUGAUUGAUGGUUCCACCAAUAUUGCUGGCAAGUUUCCAGCAGUUCGAGAAUUUGUGGGCAGCAUCAUUAAUGGUCUGAACAUUAGCCCAGAUGGCACUCGUAUCGCUUUGGGUUUAGUCGGUGAAAAUGUGAAAGUGGAAUUUAAGUUUGACUCAUUUCAAACAAAAGCCGAGGUAGUCAGUGCAGUACGAAAGCUGAGAUUUAAACCAAGCAAGGAGUUCAACCUUGGAGUUGCUCUGGAUUAUGCUCAUGGCAAUCUUUUCACACCAGAGUCUGGAAGUAGGAUUCGAGAGGGGGUACAACAAUACCUAGUCUUGCUGGCUGCAGGCAAAUCUGGAGACAGCAUAGAUCAGGCAGCAAAUCAAUUGAAGAGAGCUGGUGUGGUGACAUUUGCGAUAAAAGCACUAAGGGCUGAAUCUGAGGAACUUGAGAAGAUUGUUUUGGCACCACAAUUUAUUAUGUCCUCAGAGUUGCUGGAAGAUCUCCCCACUUUACAGUCACAAUUUGUUAACCUCAUUAAAACCAUCUCAGUGGAGGUGCCAACAGAAACUUAUGAUAUCAACAGAAAGAAGGAUAUUGUGUUCUUGAUUGAUGGAUCUAAUGAUGGCAGACAAAGCUUUCCCUCUCUACGAUCCUUUAUUCUAAGGGUGGUGGAAAAUCUUGAUGUAGGUCAAGAUAGGGUACGAAUUGGAGUUGUUCAAUAUAGUGAUGCCCCCCGGCCCAGUUUUCUACUAAAUGCCUAUCCAGAUGAGCAAGGAGUCCUAGGAGCUGUCAGGCAGUUAACACCUAUCGGAGGAUCACCACUGAACACAGGGGCAGCUUUAGACUACGUCACAAGCAAUGUCUUCACCAGGGCAGCAGGCAGUCGGUCAACUGAGGGAGUACCCCAGUUCUUAAUUCUGCUAACCACUGGACGGUCAAGAGAUGAUGUCAGGAGACAUGCCACAGAACUAAAGACUUCUGGUGUUGUUCCAUUUGCCAUUGGAAUACGCAAUGCUGAUGCAGAAGAGCUGAGAACUAUCUCCUUCAUUCCUGACUUUGCAAUCUCCGUUCCUGAUGUCAGGGAACUAAACACUGUUUACCAGACCUUAACAACAAGAUUGUCUGAGCUUCAAGCAAGUGAUAUAGAUAUUCUACGGAGGACAGUUAUUUCAGUAAUUCCCCAAGGUGCAAAGAGAGAUGUUGUGUUUCUUGUUGAUGGCUCAAGAGGUGCAGCGGCUGAGUUCAACAAUGUGAAAACACUAAUUGAACGGAUCGUAGAUACAAUGGAUGUCAGUCCAGACACCACACGUUUUGCCGUUGUCCAGUACAGUGAUGAUCCCAGGGCAGAAUUUUUGUUAAAUGUACACUCAACCAAAGAGGAAGUUCAAAGUGCAGUAAGAAGGAUGCGACCAAAGGGGGGAACAUCAGUAAACACUGGUAAUGCACUAGAGUAUGUAUCUAAAACUAUAUUUACAAGGCCGUCUGGAAGCCGUAUUGAAGAAAAAGUUCCACAGUUUCUUAUUGUAGCCUCUUCUGGACCUUCAUCUGAUGAUGUUGAAGAUGGAGCAAGAGCCGUUAAAGAAUCUUCCGUGUUUCCUUUCCUAAUUGGAAAGAACAUUGACAGUGAGGAAGCCAGCAAAAUUACUUUUGGUCCAAAUUAUAUAUAUUCCGUUUCUAGUUUCCAAGAACUACCAUCAUUGGAGCAGAAACUGGUUUCAAGUGUCACUAGCCUGGAUCAUGAUGAAAUAACUGAACUAAUUUUAAGACAACCGGGGUUGCCUGCAGAAGUUGAUUCCGAUAGACUGGAUGUUGUCUUCCUUGUUGAUGGUUCAGCAAAGAUGGGUUCUGAUGGCAUUGCCAACAUUCGGGAUUUGAUAUUGAAAGUUGUGCAGAGCUUUGAGAUUGGAGCUAAUAAAGUCAGGGUCGGCUUGGUUCAAUUCAGUAACAAUCCCGUCACAGAGUUCCUUCUGAGGGCCAAUAUGAACAAGCCAGCUUUGAUUCAAAGCAUUCGCCGUCUACGACACAGAGGAGGAGAUCCACUGAACAUUGGGAAAGCUAUCGAUUUUGUGGUGAAGAACCAUUUUAUAACAUCAGCUGGGAGCAGAAUUGAAGAAGGUGUGCCACAAUAUCUGGUUCUUCUUACUGGUGGCAAGUCUGAAGAUGAUGUUGCUUCUGCAGUCAGAUUACUCGGAGCUAGCAGGAUACGAUCUCUAGUGGCAGCCAUUGGCAGUGCUGACAGAAAUGAAGCAGAACGCAUUGUGUCAGACUCACGCUAUCUCUUCACUGUCAGGGAUAUUAAGGAGCUGCCAAACAUUGAAAAUACUUUGGUCAGGUCUUUUAAAGGUCCUGUUGAUCCUACUCCUCCACCAACAAUACCAGACCAAACAGGCAGUGGCAGGAAAGAAGCGGACAUUGUUUUUCUUGUGGACGGCUCCAUGAACCUGGGGCGCGACAGCUUUAAGGAAGUUCUUCAGUUUGUGUCAGGCAUAGUUGAUGCUAUUGUGGAAGAAGAAGAUGCUAUACGUAUUGGACUGGCUCAAUUCAAUUCAGAUGUGACCGAUGAGUUUUUCCUCAAAGAAUACAAAGACAGAGACCAAAUCAUUGAUGCUGUAACAAAAUCAGAGUAUAAGGGAGGCCGUGUGGCCAAUCUGGGCACAGCUAUUCGCCACUUGCAGGAUAAACACUUUGUAAAACCAGCAGGCAGUAGAAUUGACACUGGUGUUCCACAAAUUGCUUUCAUUGUCACUGGGGCAAAGUCAGUCAGUGAUGGUCAAGCUGCAGCACAAGCUUUGGCUAGUAAGGGAGUCAAAGUAUUUGCCAUUGGAGUGGGAAGCAUAGACACAGAUGAAGUUUCCAAAAUAGCAAGUGAUGCCCCAAGUGCUUUCCGUGUACCCAUUGUCCAGGAGCUUUCAGAGCUGAAUGAACAGAUUCUGAUAACUCUUGAUACUGCUCUACAAAAACGGAGUGUUUGCCCAAAUGCGGUUGAUGCUGUUAGAGAUUGUAACCUGGAAGUGAUUAUAGGAUUUGAUGUGGAUGUCAGCUCCGGGCAAAAUAUUUUUAACACUUACAGAGGACUGGAGCCCAAACUGAGGCAAAUAAUGGAGCGCAUUUCCAACAUGCAGAAAAUAAGCUGCAGUGGCGAUAAAACGCCUACUGUGAAAGUUGCCAUUUUAUCUCAGGGAAGAACAGGUCCAGUUGAGGCAUUUGAUUUUUCUGCAUAUCGUCCAGAACUUGCCGAAAAAAUCCUUGCAAUGGGCACACGUGGGCCAUAUGUGUUGAAUGGUCGAACUCUACAAACAUAUCUAAACAAAUUCAAAACUUCUGGAGAUGACAACAGUAUUAAGGUGGUUGUCCACAUUACAGAUGGUGUUGAUGCAAGCAUGUCUGAACUUCAGCAAGCUUCUGCAUCUCUGCAAAGGGCAGGCGUGAAGGCUUUGCUUUUUGUGGGAAUGGAAGGUGCCCCCAAAUUUGAACAAAUAAUGCAACUAGAAUUUGGUAGAGGAUUCACAUACAUUAACCCACUGAGACUAAACCGAGUGGAUCUGGAUUAUGAGAUUAUUGAAGAACUGGAUAAUGUUGCAGAGAAAGGUUGCUGUGGAGUCCCUUGCAAGUGUUCUGGAGAGAGAGGUGAUGUUGGACCCCCAGGUGUCAUUGGACCAAAGGGUGCAGCAGGCCUCAAGGGCCAUCAAGGCUACCCAGGAGAGGAAGGCGGACCUGGAGAGCGCGGUCCUCCUGGUACAAAUGGAACACAAGGUUUUCGAGGAUGCCCAGGUCAACGAGGGUUUAAGGGUUCUCGUGGAUUCUCUGGAGAUAAGGGUGAAAUAGGAGAAAUCGGCCUGGAUGGUAUUGAUGGAGAAGAUGGUAAAAGAGGUACCCCUGGAUCUUCUGGAGAGAGAGGCAGCUUUGGACCACGGGGAGAAAAAGGUCUAAAAGGUCAGAGAGGAGAAAGAGGAGACCAAGGACUUAGAGGUGAUCCGGGUGAGCCAGGAACAGAUUCUACUCAAAGAGGUCCAAGAGGUCCAAAGGGAGAGUCAGGAAGUGUGGGAGAGCCUGGAAGAGAUGGUCCUCCAGGACAAGCUGGUGGUCCAGGAAAAACUGGAUCUCAAGGUCGCAGAGGACCUCCUGGAGUUAAGGGUAACAGAGGAGGUGCUGGUGCUGCAGGUGGAGUUGGAGAACAAGGUCUUAGGGGUCCUCAGGGUUCCCAAGGACAGAUUGGUGCCCCAGGCACAAGAGGCGAGCAAGGUCUCCCAGGACCAAGAGGACCAGGAGGUACCCCUGGACCUGCUGGUGAUCGCGGCAGACCUGGACAACUUGGGCGCAAGGGUGAGCCAGGAGAUAUCGGAGCCAAAGGAUCUGAUGGACCAGUUGGACCACGUGGAGAGACAGGUGAUGAUGGACGAGAUGGAGUUGGAAAACCAGGACUCAAGGGCAGAAAGGGAGAAACUGGAUUUCCUGGAUAUCCAGGAACAAAGGGAGAUCCUGGAGAUAAAGGAUCAAAUGGCGAUUCUGGACCUAAAGGAAGCAGGGGCCGCAGGGGCAAUGCUGGGAAUCCUGGUUCAUUGGGUGCUCCAGGAGAUUCAGGAUAUCCAGGACCGGCUGGCUUAAAGGGAGAGAGGGGAGGCACAAGAGAUCAUUGUGCUCUUGUUAAGCAUAUCAAAAACACAUGCCCAUGUUGUUAUGGUCCAAAAGAAUGUCCUGUGUACCCCACUGACUUAGUCUUUGCUAUUGACACCUCUACUGAUGUAAACCGCAAUCAAUUCAACAACAUGAAGGAUGCCGUUUUAAGAAUGGUUAACCAACUCACAAUUACAGACAGUAAUUGUCCAAGAGGGGCUCGUGUGGCACUGUUAACCUACAAUAGUGAGGUCACCACAGAGGUCCGCUUUUCUGAAGGCCUUAGGAAGCCAGCUCUGCUUAAAGUGAUUGAAGACCUGCAGCUGAAAACAAACAGCAAACAGAGAAGUCUAGACACAGUUAUGUCCUUUGUAGCAAGAAAUACAUUUAAGAGGGCACGUGGAGGAUUCCUUACAAGAAAGGUGGCUGUUUUCUUCAGCAAUGCACCAACUAGAGGCUCAGUACAGCUGAAUGAAGCUGUUCUUAAAUUAUAUGAUGCUGGCGUGGCCCCUGUUUUCCUAACCAAUAGAGACGAUAGGGCACUGGGAAAUGCUUUGAAGGUUAAUAACACAGAUGUGGGCCAGGCUUUUGUUCUUGGAAGCGGUGCUCAAGUCAAUGAGACCAUACGCCGAAUUUUCUCCUGCCAUGUGUGUCUCGAUAUUUGUGAUCCACCUGGUGAAUGUGGAGUUACGGUUCCCAGAGGAGAUCUUCGUUUAAGACGUUCUGCUGCUACUGAUGUAGACAUUGACCUAGCUUUUCUAGUAGACAGUUCAGACUCUACGAAUCCAGCUCAGUUUGCAGAAAUUAAGAAAUUUGUAUCACAUGUGAUAGGACAACUGGAGCUUAGCCCAGAACCUAAAUCUUCUUCACAUCAUGCACGCAUAGCAGUUCUCCAACAGGCCCCCUAUGAGCAUCAAAACAAUGCCAGUUUCCCCCCUGUUAAAGUGGAUGUUGGACUGACCGAUUACACAGAAAAAGAGAAACUUCAAGCAUUUAUCCAGACUAAGAUGACACAGCUGUAUGGAACACGGGCACUGAGCAAUGCUAUUAAGUAUGUUGUGGAGCAUGUGAUUGAGGGUGCACCCAACCCCAGGACCAUGAAAGGUAUUUUCCUCAUCUUGACUGGAGAAGUAAAGGCUCAUGAACUAAAGCAGCUCCGUGAAACCGUAAUUGAGGCCAAAUGCAAGGGUUUCUUUUUCAUCAUCCUGAGCAUAGGGAAGAAGGUAAAUUCUGCACAACUAAACUCAUUGGCUAGUGAACCCCAUGACGUUUUCUCCAAGAAGGCAGACAAGGCAUCAGAGCUUCAUGAAGAGACUCUGCUGAGAUUUGGGCUGCAUCUACCAGGAUUCAUCAGCAGUGAAAAUUCAUUCCAUCUCUCUCCUGAAAUUCAGAAGCAUUGUGACUGGUUCCAGAACGAUCAUCCUGCUAGCACUUCAGAGGACAGGACUAAUAAUGAUGAGACACAGAAUACAGUAGCACCCGAUGAGAUGUUAACCAGUAGAAAGCCUGAUGUCGUAACAGUACGUGCAAGCACUGAGACACCUACAGAUCGUGCAGUGACUACACAAAUGACUGCCCUCCCUGAGCUAUUGGUAUCUGAUGUAACCGAGAGCAGUGUGCAUCUGAGCUGGACCAGUGCUGACCCCCAGCAGCCUCCAGUCUAUGAGCUGAGUAUCACCUCUGUGGAUGACAACACUCUAGUCCUGAAGCAGAACGUCACUGGCACUGACAGGCUCAUUGGAGGCCUUAUGAGUGGACAUGUGUAUCAAAUCACUAUUACAGGGCAGCACAAGAACCUUGGCCUGAUAACUUACCAAGCAACAUUUACUACUAGUAAAUCUCAGCCCCUGCCAGAGGUUGUGGAGAAUCCUGAAAAGAUAGUGCACACAGAACCCCUAGAUACUCCUGAAAUAGAUCCAUGUGAGCUAGAUCUCGAUAUGGGCACCCAGUGCAAGGAGAAUGAGGUUAAGUGGUUUUUUGACAAGACAAACAAGAUUUGCAUCAAGGUUUGGUAUGGUGGGUGCGGUGGCAAUGACAAUAGAUUUGACACUGAAGCUGAAUGCAUCAAUAGGUGUGAUAAGACAAAAAUUGAGAAAACUAUGCAACUUCCAACGCUGGAAUCCAAAGUACUUGCAGUGGGACCCGAGGUGUGUAAACUACCGAAAGAAGAGGGAACCUGCCGGGAGUUUUUACUAAAGUGGUACUAUGACCCAGAAACAAAGAGCUGUGCACGUUUCUGGUAUGGUGGUUGCGGAGGAAAUGAGAACAGGUUUAACACACAGAAAGAUUGUGAAAAGAUUUGUAUUUUAGCACCUCUAAAUCCCAGUGUGGUCACAGCAAUCGGAACAUAAAGGUCCUGGAUUCUUACCUGUCCAGAGGAGAUGGCCCAGGAUGCACUGCCCCUCUUCUCACCCUAUGCCUCUUACCAGCUAGCCCUCCCAUAGGGUGAGGGAGGCUCACAAAUCUUAUCAAAAUGGUGCUAAUUCAUCUGUGGACUUGGAGUAGACUUUACUGGGAACAUUAACCCUUUCAGUGCUUUAGUGUCACGUCUUCUCCAUAAUGUCAUGAGGAGCUGUGUCAGUCUCUGAAGCACUGAAAGGGUUAUCUGGUACUUUGGUCUUCCGUCAGUCAGCAGUUGUUUUUCAGGUUUUUGUUUUUAAUGUCAGAGCCCCAGCAGUAGAGCCUAACCCAAAGAUAUCCAACCCCUCUAUAUAACACCUGCUUCUUCCACAAGCCUCCCUUCUAAUCUCUCCACUAUCCAGUAGAAUGCACCCCAUUUUCUGCCAUAUAUUUUUCUUUCAAACCAAGUGCCUUUUUUAAAUGAACUGUGAGUCCAUAUUGUCAAUACAACAAGUAUUGUCUCUAAAAGAAGACACUUUAUAACAGGGCAAUGGCAACUUUCUGCCACCGUAAUCCCAGGACAGUAUGUCAAUCGGAAAGUGACGGGUGUUACUACUUUCUCCGUCAGUGUGGGCUUAUAAAAUAUUGCAGAGCAGUACUCUUUAGGCCCUAUUGGCACCAUAGGGAUUGAAAAAGCUUUAGGUUUUACCACUUGGGAUAUAAAUAUGGUAACUGCAGCCAUUGCAGUCUAUGCAAAGAUAUACAUUUAGUUUGGUUGGAUCUAUUUUUAUUUGUGAUUUUUACUUUGGGGAAAAGAAAUUAUUUGCUAUAAAAUUUGAAAUGGAAUUAUUCUUGUCUGUUUUAUUUUUAUAAUGAAGGGAGAUAAUGAAAAGACUGAAUAAAGAAAGAC